AUGGCAGCUUCAUUGCAUGUAGAAAAGCCUGAACAACCGGAAUUAGCUAAGCAUGAUUCGAGUAUUCUCGAUUUAGCUUUUGCUAUGGAUUGUACUGGUUCCAUGGGAAGUUAUAUUGAGAGUGCAACACAAAAUAUUCGUUCAAUUGUUGAAGAAAUUGUAACAAGUGAGAAAAGUGAUAUUCAUUUAGCUCUUGUUGAAUAUCGAGAUCAUCCUCCACAAGAAGCUACAUUUGUAACUCGUGUACAUGAUUUUACAAGUAAAGUUAAAGAAAUGAAAGGUUGGCUUGAACAAUGUGAAGCACUAGGUGGUGGUGAUGCACCAGAAGCUGUGGCGGAUGCAUUACAUGCUGUUCUUAAAUUAUCAUGGCGUCCGGAGGCAACCAAAAUUUGUAUUCUUAUCUCAGAUGCACCACCACAUGGACUUGAUCCAAAUGGUGAUGGUUUUCCUGAAGGAGAUCCUUCUGGUUUAGAUCCUCUACAAACAGUACGAGAAAUGGCUGAAAAGCAAAUAACACUUUAUUGUGUCGGAGUUGAACCGCCAAUCGUCCCUUAUCGUGAUUUUUUUAUGGCAAUUGCUUAUUUAACUGGUGGACAAUAUGUACCAAUGGUAAAUGCAAAAUUAUUAGCUCAGGUUAUAAUUGGUGGUGUACGUGAGGAAAUAUCUUUAGAACGUCUUAUGAAAGGUGCUGAAGAAGAGAUAAGUCAAGAAAUGAAAAAAGCUGAAGCUGAAGGUGUUAAUGAAGACGAAAUAACAACAAGAGUUAAUCGUUUAUUACUAGAAAAAAAUCUACGUGUUAAACAAAUGGAUAAUAUAGCAGGAACAACAUCAUCUGCAGCUAAAGAGACCUAUUCAAAAUGUGCUAAUAUGAAGGAAUUACGAAGUCAAUAUAAAAUAGAACCACUACCAGAACCAGUUUAUUCUUCUCGUAUGACACGUGCAGGUGUUCGUCGUGCUGCUGCUGCUGGCUAUUAUGGUAGUGGAGAGAAAAAAGAAGCUGAUGAUGAUGAAGUAGAAGAAGAAAGUUUUUCAGUACCAGCGGCAGCACCGAUGGCUGAAAUGCAUUAUAGCUUAAAAGAAGAUGAAGCUGUUAGCAUGGCACAAACUGAACGUAUAGUACAACGAAUGCGUUAUAAAAAAUAA